GGAGAAGCAGCUUCCCUUCUCCGGUCCACCGACACAGACGGGAGCGAUGGAAGAAGAGUUGAAAUGCCCCGUUUGCGGGUCUCUCUUCAAGGACCCCAUCCUGCUUCCGUGUUCCCACAACGUCUGCCUGGGAUGCGCUCGGAACAUCACCGUCCAGACCCCGGAGGGGGAGACCCCGGUGCAGAGCCGAGCUUCGGGCAGCUCUGACUACGACUACCUGGACAUGGACAAGAUGAGUCUGUACAGUGAGACGGACAGCGGAUACGGCUCCUACACGCCGUGCCAGCUCAAGUCUCCAAACGGGGUGCGGGUGUUUCCGCCUGCGAUCCCCCACCGACAGUGCACCCUCACCUGUCCGCUGUGCCACCGGAGCGUCUCCCUGGACGAGCGGGGGCUCCGGGGCUUCCCUCGGAACCGGCUGCUGGAGGCCAUCGUGGCGCGGUACCAACAGACCCGCGCAGCCUCCUCCUCAUCCUCCAACGCGGUGAAGUGCCAGCUGUGCGACCGCAACCCGGUGGACGCGGCGGUGAUGUGCGAGCAGUGCGACGUCUACUACUGCAACGCCUGCCAGCAGCGAUGCCACCCGUCCCGCGGUCCCCUCGCUAAACACCGACUGGUGCCGCCGCCAAACAAGGCGGCAGGAGGGGGGGCUAGCGGAGGCGGCGGUGGUCAGCAGCCGCCCGCCACCGCGCGGAAACCGGCGACGUGCGUGGAUCACGAAGCGGAAAACUUCAGCAUGUACUGCAGCAGCUGCAAGGCUCCCGUGUGCAUGAAGUGUCUGGAGGAGGGAAAACACGCCAAGCACGACGUCAAACCCCUGGCCGUGAUGUGGAAGCAACACAAAUGUCAGCUUUCCCAGGCGCUGAACGGCGUCUCUGACAAAGCUAAAGAUGCCAAGGAGUUCCUGGUUCAACUCAAAAACAUGCUUCAGCAGAUACAGGAGAACGGUGUGGAGUUUGAAGCUUGCCUCGUGGCUCAGUGUGACUCUCUGAUCGAGGCGCUGACCAGACAGAAAGCCAAACUGCUCACGAAAGUUACCAAGGAGAAGGAGUACAAACUAAAGGUGGUACGUGACCAGAUCACACACUGCACUAUGAAGCUACGGCAGACCACCGGCAUGAUGGAGUACUGUCUAGAAGUCCUCAAAGAGAAUGAUCCAAGUGGUUUCCUCCAGAUCUCAGAUGCUCUGAUCAAGCGAGUGACAUCGUCUCAAGACCAGUGGGUUAAAGGGGCCCUGGAGCCAAAGGUUGGCCCUGACUUUGACCUCACUCUCAAUACCGACUCGCUGCUACAGACCAUCCUACAGCUGGACUUCUGCCAGGGCAAAGUGGAGCCUAGACCCUCAGUGCCUCCAGCUCCUCUCCUGCAGCUGGAGAAGUGCUGCACAAGGAAUAACAGCGCCACCCUGGCCUGGAGGAUAACUAUGCCCACCAUCAACCCCAUCGAGGGCUACAUCCUGGAGCUGGAUGAUGGCAAUGGAGGACAGUACAGGGAGGUAUAUGUGGGGAAGGAAACAGUGUGUACAGUGGAUGGCCUUCAUUUCAACAGUUCCUACAACGCAAGGGUGAAAGCUUAUAAUUCCAUUGGAGUGGGUCCAUACAGCAAGACAGUCAUGCUCAAGACUUCUGAUGUGGCUUGGUUCACCUUUGACCCCACCUCAGCUCAUCGGGACAUUGUUCUGACUAAUGACAACCAGACAGUUAGCUGUAACAGCUAUGAUGACCGUGUGGUGCUGGGGACAGCUGCUUUCUCCAAGGGCAUUCACUAUUGGGAGGUCAGCAUUGAUCGCUAUGACAACCACCCAGAUCCUGCGUUUGGCAUAGCAAGGAUCAACACCAUGAAGGACAUGAUGCUGGGGAAAGAUGACAAAGCCUGGGCCAUGUAUGUGGACAACAACCGCUCCUGGUUCAUGCACAACAACUCCCACACCAACAGGGCAGAAGGAGGCAUCACUAAGGGCUCGACUGUGGGUGUCCUGCUGGAUCUGACUAAACGCACACUGACCUUCUACAUCAACAAGGAACAGCAUGGCCCAACUGCCUUUGAGAACCUGGACGGGGUCUUUGUGCCCGCCGUCAGCCUCAACAGAAACGUGCAGGUGACAUUACUGACAGGCCUGGAAGUUCCAAAGAAUAUCAAACAGUAAGAGCUCCCUCCUUACUCUGAGCGUGCCCUGGAUACAAACCAAUGAUGUCAUGUCCAGUACUGUCAGAUGGGAUCUGUUCCUCUCCCAUCCUUCUCAAGUUGACCCUUAACCUGGACAAUCUUCAUCUCCACGACUUUUUAGACAAGUGAAAAGUUGGCUAUAAAUGUAAUGAUUAAAGCUUGGCGAUGUCACUGCAGAGAUGGCUGGAGGGCCAUACUUUUUCCCACUGCCCAGUUUAUUUUUCUCAAAGAUACAAGCAACACUGACAUUCUCUAUAUUCCAGCUUGCACAGUUUAUGUUAUUUUAAACAAUCUGGGCUGAACUCCGCCCCUUAAAGACUUUUAUAUUGUGCAGGAAAGAUCAUUCUGAGUUGAAAAAUAAAGAAAAAAGUAGACCACAAGCAACACAGUUUUUAGGAGGUGAAAAAAAAAAAACCUGAGAGAAAUGAUUCAGCAGUGCUUUUUGUUGCUCUGCUUCUCUCUCAGGUGUGUUUACAGCCGAGAUGAACACAAGUCAUUUGUAGGAGUUGUGUAGUGGCACCAUGGGUUUUUUCUCUCAUAAAAUAUUUAAAAGCGAAACUCUUGCUUCACACUUUCAUCUCAGUGUUGACUCCAACAGCACUGCCUUCUCUGUGAUUUCUUAUCUGUGGUAAGGAAUCUGACAGCCAUCUUAAAGCUUCCCUCAUGAUCGACUCUCUUUGUCAUGCAAAGUGGCGCAAAGAUCGUCUGAUAGUGUUGUCAGAACGGUUUACAUAUUGAGGUCAGUCUGAGAAGGAUGGAACUUAAUUCUAUUUCAUUUUUCAGUAAUCUGACAGAUCUACCGAGCCAGGGGUGUAUUAUUUUGAAGAAUUCAAUUCUGGUGCCUUCUUUUGGGGAAAACUAUUUUAACGUGACCUGGCACAGGCUUUUUAUGGUAAAAUUGAGUUAAAUACGUCCUUUUUUUCUGCACUCAGAAGUUCUUUUAGAUAAGAUUGUUUUGCACCUUGAAAACACUGCAUUAACCAGGCUUGGGCAAUAUAUAUAUAUAUAUAUAUAUGUAUUUUUUAACAGUUGUCUCACUUUUUAUUGAAGUACACAGUACACAGUGUUUUGACCUAGACACUGAAAAUUCAGCUGUACUGUAUUAUAUAACUGUCAUAUAACCCCUAAGGACAUGUGGAUGUUAACCUGCAAGGAAAGAUGUCUGUGGGUGCUAACAUUGCUAAUAUUAGCCCAACUACUUUUAAACUAGUUGAUUAGUCCAAAUUUACUUUUUAUUUAUAUAAACAAGGUUAUUAUUAUAUGUAGGUUAACCAAUAAAUUCACAGUCCCAAAAGCCUAGAGACCACCAGCCUUUUCUUUUCCUUAUUUGUCUUAAAAACCUAAAACUCUAACAUCAAAAAAGUUCCCACUAAGGUGCAGCAGAUCCCCACAUUUCAACAUCUUUGGCAGUCAACUUUUGGACUCUACUAGAAACAUUAAAAUGAUUGCACCACUUUGUAUGACUUGAUCCACUGGCCAGUGAGAAACAUUACUGUGGUAUUUAAUAAAUCAUGCGGCCAUGCAAUUUGCAUACUGAAACAAACCUAUUUGCCUGCAGGGGCAUCUCAGACUCAAAGAACGUUUUUGACUCUGACAGAUCAUUGUCAGAAAAUGCUCAAACGAAGUGGAAUUGAGUCAAACCUUAAUUUUCUUUGAUUUACAAUUUACAUAUAAAAUAAUACACCCCCAGUCAAUGAGAAAAGUAUGGUCGUCUCAAGAACAUUUCAUUCUGUGCUCAUCUCUCAGUCUCACUGCAGAAUCUCAAGAUGCUUUCAGACACCUUUUAUCUGUGGCCCUGAACGUUAUCUUUUAAAGUCACAUCAGGUAAAGCUACAUAAGCUGCUACAUUUAUCAUCAGGGACUAGAUAUGGCAGCCUAUAGAGGACAGUAGCUUCAACCAGACCACUGUGACUCAGGACAUGAGACACUGUAUAAAGUACAUAGGUAUAAGUACUCUGUUUAUGUAUGUUUUAUCAGUUCAUGCAGCUGAGAAUGGAAGAAUUCAUUAAUUGAGGUUAUUUAAUCUUUAAUUUGUUUAUAUCUGAGCCAUUUUUGUUCCCUAUAAUAAUGUGAGUUUGAGAGGUAGACUGACAUUACUACAUUAUCCUCAAACUGUAAAUACUGAUAUGUGAGUUAUGAUUAUAACAUGUGACAUUAAGCAUGGAUUCAAACAAGUUUACAAACUAUCUGAAGCUGUAUUGUAAAUAGUGUACCGUUUGUCUUUGCAAUGAGUGACCCUGAAACCAACCGCUAUAACAGCUCGCCCCCUGCUGGUGAACGGUGGCGAGAACAAGAUUAAGGCAUCGCUCGACAAAACCUGCCGAUAUCCGUUUUCAUGCUUUUAAUCACAGACUUUUUAAAAUGUGUCAGGAUUUAUGUUACUGUAAAUCACAAACUAUCUCAUGAUAUUUGGACAUUUAAACAUAAAGUUUACAUUAAAAGGGUUGAACAUUUUACAUUGACAAAUUAGUGUAGCACUUGUAUACUUACCGCACCCUCAUUCUUUAAAAUAUACCACAGCAAUGAACAGAAAUAAUGUGUAAGGUUAAGAAUAACUGGUAUUUUUACAGGAAAUGAUCAGGUCUAUUUUGAAUGCCUAUUUUAAAAACAUUUAGUUACUAGUAGAGAUCUAGGGUUCUAAAAUAAAGUAAAUAUCUUUAUUUUUUCUUUAUUUGGACUUUUUACUAAGUUUUUAGGAGGUAGAGAUGGGAUAUUAUAUUUAUUUUUAAAUCAGCAUUGAUAUUUUGAAUGUUAAAUUCUUUACAUUUGCAUUGCAGUAUAUCAUAUUUAUAGGCAUUUAAUACACCUGGGCUAUAUAAUUUUUUUCUGAGAAUGGUCUCAAGGCAGCCACAAAUAGUCAACUCAUGACGUCGAAUCAAAUAUAAAUCCGUAUAUUAUGAUGUGUAAUAUGUACAGGGUGUCCAGAAGGGAUUUAUCACCAGUAUCAACUCUAUCUAAUUUAAUUUAUAUAGCACCAAUUCAGAACAACAGUUGCCUCCAGGUAAAGGCUUUACACUAUUACAGAAAGAACCCCAAUGAUCGCACGAUGCCCUACGAGCAAACACUUGGCGGUACUGGAAGCAAGAUCUCCCUUUUAACAGGAAGACUCAGGGUCAGGAAAGGUGCAGCCAUCUGGUUGGACUGGUUGGGAGGUGACGAGAAACGGGGAAAAAAAGGAGCGCGUGAAAGGACAAAAGACUGACUAUGGGAGAAGGAAAACAAUUUAGUCACAUGUACCCAGUCAACUGAAUUAAAUAGAAUUCGGCUGAAGAAAAUAAAUAAAGAAAAAAAGGCCUCCAUGGAGCGUUUUAAAUCCUGCCAGCAUUGUUUUGUGCCAUUUGGUGUUUGCUGUUAACCCUUUUUUAAUGUGGUGACAGCGUGGAGCCAGACUUCAAUAGAUUCAAUAACAUUUGUUUUAACAUUGCAUAACCACUGUGUAGCUUUAGAUGGAGGGUAGUUUCAGUGGGAAGAAAAUCUGAAUCUGUGUGUUAAUUAUUCUAAUAUUGGGAACAGCAGUUUUGUGGCACUGUGCUGAUGCCAGCCUAAAAAUGUAGUUAUUUUUGGUGGAAAUGAGUAGAACCACACUGAGUUUGAGAAAGACACUAAGACACCAGUGGAAAGAGGCAAUGCUUUGUCUGCCUGUUUUUCUUCUUCUUUUUGGAGCUACCUGCUAGAGCUCAAUAAAGAUGGUUGAACAGUGUAGGCUUUAUAAGUUAAUGAACCAGAUCUUUUGAACUGAACCAAAAACAGAGCUAGUUAUGUAUACUUCAAGCAGAUACAAUAAGUAACUGCACCCGAGAGGCAAAAACAGCACUUUCACCAAGCUUGUUAGCAAAAUCAUGAUAAGAUCUAUUUAAGUUUACAUUUAAGUUACCAUUCAUCUGUAAGUGAAGAUUUUUAACCCAAGUACUCUCCUUACUUAAAUUGAACAUACUUCCUUUGUAACAUGAAUACAGCGUUAGUGCAAAUUUCAGAAUUUAAAGCAGCUUACAUCGGGGGUUUUUUUACCUGAUGUGCCCCAGACUGCCAGCUUUCACCUAAGGGCUACAUUUACAUCAUUUCUGGCUGCUCAGCUCUGACCUUGUUGCCACCUCCCACGCCAGAUGCAAAAACCUGCCCUGAGGCUGACUUUGCUGUAACCAGGAAUAGAUUUCUAGACAAAAGUGAAAUAUCGUGUAACCAGCCUUCUGAAAAGUUUGGAUGAUUUGGGGUUAUGUCUCUGUGGGCUGUAUGGAUGUCAAAAUGAUAUUCAGGAAAUCGUGACUGGAGGCAAUUAAAGCCUCUGCUGAGGGGCUGAAAUCACCCUGUUGUGUUAACAUUUGGUUCCACAUUUUCUUGCCUAAAAAUCACUUAAAACAUUAUUAUGUCACAGAAACGAACAAAAAACAAAUCUUGCAUAUUAAAAUAUUCACACUGCAGUCACUUCUGUCCAGACGUAUUUGUAAGAGUUCUUGUAUGAAAUGUCCCUUUACCCAACACUUACCCACCCAUGAAUGUGACAUAUUUUACCAAUUUAAUUUUAAUGGUAUGGUGCUGGGAAUUACACUAGUAUUAUUAGAUGAUUAUGUUUGAAAAAGUAGAGGAAAAAAUGUAAUUUAUUUACUCUAUAAAGUAUUUAUAAAUAUUUAAUUAUGUAUUUUCUUUUGUUUAAUAUCCUCUUGAAUGGCUACUAAUAUGGUCUGUGUUUGACCAGUAAGGAUUGCAAGUCGAAAACAGCCCGUGUCUGUAAAAUAUUUUCUGAAUAAAGGAGAUGUGCUUACAGCUUCAAACGUGUGACAUGCUGCAGAUGAGCUUCAUGUUUUCCUCUUGUUGAACUGUAUAUACAACAACAAAAAGGCUGCUUCAAGAAAACUGUGUGAGAAACUGUGACCUCACCCAGCUGCACACUGCCAACUCAAAGGUCUUGUUUCAUCAUAGUGUCGCGAAACCCCAACUUUCAUGUUUUCCCUUUAACAAAAUGGAAACGACUGCAAGGGAUGGUUUAUAUGGGAGAAAAACUGUAAGAUCAUUCUGCUUUCUCAUGGUCCAUCCAGCGUGUACACGUGCGUUUCUUCUUGAAAACUUCUGCCAAGACUUUACUUGUGUGUAAUUUUUUAAUUAUUAGGCCCAC